GAGUUGGUGGCAGCCAUCGGCGUGACUGCAGGAGCUACAGCUGUGGGCAUCCUCCUCCUCCAGCACUUCUCCAAGGGGUCAGGGGUCAAGCCCAAGGUCAACUUUGACCUGCAGAAAGACAACCCCAAAGUAGUGCACGCGUUCGACAUCGAGGACCUCGGGGAUAAGGCGGUGUACUGCAGGUGUUGGAGAUCCAAGAAGGUUGGCUUGCUGUCAAUUUUAUACUCUUUGUUUGGUUUUACAACUUCUCACUAUAAAGUGGAGCCGUGGAUUAACCACUAGAAAUUCAUAGACGCACGGCACGGAAAGAGGUUGUGGUUGUGAGGAGAGCUUUUUUAGCAUCAGCCUUAAACAAACAGUAGGCUAGUAAGGUUAUGUUAUUACUUGCAUUUGAGCAGAACAAGGCAAGGAAUUUUAAAAAUGUGUUUCGUGUAUUCUAACUACUUUUGUUGUUGUUGUUGUUGCCUAGUUUCCCUACUGUGAUGGCGCUCAUGCUAAACAUAACCAGGAGACGGGGGAUAAUGUCGGUCCCCUCAUCAUGAAGAGAAAGGAGGCC